CUGGGUUAAACAACACAGACGUGGUGCUUUAAGAGUGCUAUAACAGUUUCAGUGUGAUCUCCAGUCAGGGAGGUUCAGUGAUAUUUUCCACAACCGCUUCGUAAGAUUGUUUAAUUAAGGAAUGAAGUAUGUAUUCUACACUUUGGUGUACAUCACUGGUCCACAUUUUUGUCUUCAUUCAAGGCUUUCAGUCAUGGUGUCAGGCCAGCUGUCACCCCUAAGCGCAAGGUCAGAUCUGAAUUGGGAUGAUCAACAGUAUAGUUAUGUCGUGAAAACGAGAAGGCUGUCCAAAACCGACGUAUUGUACAGUAACCUGUUAGCUGCCGAAGAAAACUGGAGCAACGAUAGCUGUAUUAAGUUUGUAGAGGCAAGAGAAACCGAGGAUGCCGAGCUGAAUAUCGUACGACAUACCCGUUGUUCUCGAGACGAUGGCGAUAGUUUCAACUCGACUACCAUUUUUGUUAACGACGAGUGUGGUUCCGUGAGGGACCUAACCCAUUUCUUGGGUCACUACCUGGGCUUGAAGGAUGAACACAUGAAUGAACAUUGGAGUUCGUACCUUGAAUGGAAAAAUGACGACAGUCUCAGCCGGCCACCUAAUUACACGUAUUCUCGCAACGCUUUAUACGAUGUGACCUCCGUCAUGCAUAUCCCCUCGAGGAGUAAACAAACAAACCACAAAGCUGCUUUUCUUACGAAAAAAACGGCUCAGCGCGGAGUUCCAGGCAGGUUCCAGCAUCCAUCCUUCUACGACCUCAAAAGUUUGAUCCUUUUAUACGGCUGCAUAGGUUCCUGGUGUCUGUAUCGUGUAAUAGCACCCCGGGGCAAAUACCCUAGGGUAUUGUUUAAAGCUGCCCGCCCUGAUGGGAAACCGAAGACCUCGGUGCCCCGUUGUGAGGGCUUUUUGCUGAGUUUGACCGACAUGAGAAAUAGGGAAUAAACAGUACUUUGUGAAGACGAAAUUUUGAAUUUAACUGUGUAUGAGCCGUCGGCGAACGGAAUGGAAAUCUUCUACGAUAAGCGGAAUGAGGAUGAGUUCAUAGACCUUGAAGUCUCGAUCACCUUCCAGCCUCUGUCAGAAAGA